CCAGUCUGAGCGGCGAUGGCGGCGGCGGCGGCGGCGGCAGCGGCAGCGGGGGCUGCGGGCGGUCGGGGCUCCGGGCCGGGGCGGCGGCGCCAUCUUGUGCCCGGGGCCGGUGGGGAGGCCGGGGAGGGGGCCCCGGGGGGCGCAGGGGACUACGGGAACGGCCUGGAGUCUGAGGAACUGGAGCCUGAGGAGCUGCUGCUGGAGCCCGAGCCGGAGCCCGAGCCUGAAGAGGAGCCGCCCCGGCCCCGCGCCCCACCGGGAGCUUCGGGCCCUGGGCCUGGCUCGGGAGUCCCCGGCAGUCAGGAGGAGGAGGAGGAGUCGGGACUGGUCGAGGGUGACCCGGGGGACGGCGCCAUUGAAGACCCGGAGCUGGAAGCGAUCAAAGCUCGAGUCAGGGAAAUGGAGGAAGAAGCGGGAAAAGCUAAAGGAGCUACAGAACGAGGGGUAGAGAAGCAGAUGAAUAUGAGUCCACCUCCAGGCAAUGCUGGUCCAGUGAUCAUGUCUAUUGAGGAGAAGAUGGAGGCUGAUGCCCGUUCCAUUUAUGUUGGCAAUGUGGACUAUGGUGCAACAGCAGAAGCUGAAGCACACUUUCAUGGCUGUUCAGUUAACCGUGUUACCAUACUCUGUGACAAAUUUAGUGGCCAUCCCAAAGGGUUUGCAUAUAUAGAGUUCUCAGACAAAGAGUCAGUGAGGACUUCCCGCCUAGAUGAGUCCCUAUUUAGAGGAAGACAAAUCAAGGUGAUACCAAAACGAACCAACAGACCAGGCAUCAGCACAACAGACCGAGGUUUCCCACGAGCCCGAUACCGUGCCCGGACCACUAACUACAACAGUUCCCGAUCUCGAUUCUACAGUGGUUUUAACAGCAGGCCCCGGGGUCGCGUCUACAGGGGCCGGGCUUAGAGCGGACUUCAUGGUAUUGCCCCUUACUAAAAAAAAAUGUGUAUUAGGAGGAGAGAGAGGAAAAAAAGAGGAAAGAAGGAAAAAAAAAGAAUUAAAAAAAAAAAAGAAAAACAGAAGAUGACCUUGAUGGAAAAAAUAUUUAAAAAAAAAAAAGAUAUACUGUGGAAGGGGGGAGAAUCCCAUAACUAACUGCUGAGGAGGGACCUGCUUUGGGGAGUAGGGGAAGGCCCAGGGAGUGGGGCAGGGGGCUGCUCAUUCACUCUGGGGAUUCGCCAUGGACUCGACUCAACUGCGCAAGCUGCUCCCCCUGUUCCCUGUCCCACUUCACCCCUUUGGGGGCUACUCAAGGGUAGGUGGGCAUGGAUGGUAGGAGGGUUUUUGUUUUUGUUUUUUUUACCCAGGG